AUGGGUUAUGGCAGCUGUGAGAAGGGUUACAGGGUCUAUAAUCUUCAAACUGAGAAGAUUAUACUCUCUAGAAGUGUUGUUUUUGAUGAGAACAAAUCCUGGAAUUGGGAAAGCAAGCAAGAUGAAACUGUCUCUGUGCCUCUCAUCUUUGAAAAUGGAAAUUCUGAGAUAGCUGAAACAGAAACAGCCUCUCAUGAAACUCACAGCAUUGAUUCACCAAAUCUGAAUAAAUUAAUCUCAGAUGAUGAACAUGUCUCUGAGAGAAAUGGCAGUGGCACCAGUCAAGGGUCAACUCCAAGCAAUACACCAGUGAAGCUGAGAAGUUUGGAGGACAUUUAUGCAAGAUGUCACAUGACCAUUAUUGAACCUGAAACUUAUUAUGAAGCUGUUGAAGACAAAGCAUGGAAGGAAGCAAUGGAUGCUGAGAUAGAAACUAUUGAAAAGAAUGGAACUUGGGAGCUAGUGGAAAGGCCUACAGAUAAACCAGUCAUAGGAGUCAAAUGGGUGUUCAAAACCAAGUUGAAUCUUGAUGGGACAGUUCAAAAACACAAGGCUAGGCUUGUGGCUAAAGGGUAUGCUCAAAAACCUGGUAUUGAUUAUAAUGAAACCUUUGCCCCAGUGGCAAGGUUAGAUACAAUCAGAACUUUGAUUGCACUUGCAGCACAAAAGGGUUGGAAGUUGUUUCAAUUAGAUGUUAAGUCAGCCUUCUUGAAUGGAGUACUUGAGGAGGAGGUUUAUACUGAGCAACCAGAGGGGUUUGAAGUGAAAACAGCAAGUCAUAAGGUCUAUAAAUUAAAGAAGGCCCUCUAUGGUUUGAAGCAGGCUCCCAGAGCCUGGUACAGUGAAAUAGACACCUAUCUAACUAGCUGCAAUUUUAAAAGAAGCACCAGUGAGGCCACCUUAUAUACCAGAACUGAUGAAGAAGGAAAACUGAUCAUUGUCUCUAUAUAUGUUGAUGAUAUAGUUUAUACUGGAAACAGUAAUGCUUUGCUCAGUGAGUUUAAAAGGGACAUGAUGCAAAAGUAUGAAAUGACUGAUUUAGGACUCCUACAUCAUUUCUUGGGAAUGGGAGUUCUACAAACUGAAAAUGGAGUGUUUAUUCAUCAAAGCAAGUAUGCAAAGUCCUUGCUUGUGAAAUUUGGUCUCGAGGAUUGUAAGUCAGUAACAAUUCCUCUACCCACUGGUGAAAGAUUAAAGAAAGUUGAUGGAAGUGAUUUGGCUGAUGAAGCCAGUUUGUUAUCAAGAUUCAUGCACAGCCCCACAAAGAAGCACAUGGGAAUUGCAAAAAGGGUUCUUAGAUACAUUCAAGGCACUCUCAGCUAUGGCAUUGAAUUUACAAGGGAUAAUAAUGCUGUUCUGGUUGGCUUUUGUGACUCUGAUUGGGCUGGCAGUGAAGAUGACAGUAGAAGCACAUCUGGAUAUGCAUUCAGUUUUGGUAGUGGAGUUUUUUCAUGGGCUUCAGUCAAGCAAAACACAGUUGCAUUGUCAACUGCAGAAGCUGAAUACGUUUCAGCAGCUGAGGCAACAGCUCAAGCUAUCUGGCUAAGGUUUGUGUUGGAUGAUUUUGGUGAAAUGCAAUCUGAUGCAACACCAUUGUUUUGUGACAACAUGUCAGCAAUAUCAAUGGUCAAAAAUCCUGUUUUCCAUCAGAAAACAAGGCACAUAAACCGAAGAAGUGAAGAACAGUUGGCAGAUAUUUUUACAAAAGCUCUGCCCAAAGAUCGAUUCAAUUAUUUGAGGUUGAAGCUUGGAGUUAAACCAGUACGGCUUCUGUGUGCUGCAUCAAGAAAGUACAACUUCGAUCUUCAUGUUUUAGAGUCUAAAGCCCAAGAUGCCGAGGAUGGACUCGACACGGUUGCCUCUCAGGCUCAAAAGAUGGCUGACAUUGUUACAGAACAAUGGAUUCAAAUUCAGCGGCUUGAGCAGGCUCUUCAUAUUACACAAAUUUUGACAAUUGAUCAUGCCCUCUUGUUUGCUGAGAGAAAAAAAGAAGAAGAAAGAUUUGUCUCCUCCUCCUGUUGCAUAGGAACCCAAAACCAACCCACCAAAGAACAGAAAAAAAGAAAAAGAAAUAUUACACCACCUCAAAAGCAGCAGCGCCUCAAAUCAUGUCACAAGCAGCUUCCUAUGCUGAUGGUUCCCAGUAAAGACAGCCGCCACGAAAGACGUGGCUUGUAUAGUAUCACACAAGGAAAGACUUGCAGCUUUGAGUUGCAUGUGCCAUACAAUAAGAGGCUCUGCGGUUCUUCCCAUGGUUGGUUGGCUUGUGUGAAUGAAAAUUUGGAAGCUUAUAGAUGUGCACACUACAUUAAGAAGGUUGUAUUGUCUGCAGACCCUUCUUUGUUUCCAAAUGAUUACGAAGCUGUGGCACUUUUCGAUCGCAAUGGAACCAGAGUAUCUCAUAUUAAGUCAGGGGAUCAUGGUUGGACUCACAUAGAUCAAACGGUCCGAUUCUUUUAUGGUCUGAAUCAAGUGAUCGGAUUUGAUGAUGUGAUCUAUUACAGAGGCCAGUUUCUUGCUGCUAGUAGGGAGGGUGGGGUUUUUGCGAUAAACGUUAGCAAGGAUCCAACUUAUAAACCUCAUGUAAGCAUAGUCGUACCAAUGGUUCAAGGUAUUGAUGACCAAGCAUAUCUUGUGGAAUCGUCUAGGGGUGAUCUAUUGCUGGUUAGGAAGUUCCAAAGUUUGAAUUAUGUUGAGUGUUUUACUGAUACUUUGAGCUUCAAGGUUUUCAAGCUGUACUCUGAUUGUGGGGAUAAAAUCAGAAGCGAACGGAUUGAGGAGAUUGAUAGUAUUGGAAACGAUGCUUUUUUCUUGGGUGGCAAUAAUCACUCCAUGUGUGUCUCAGCUUUAGACUUUCCGGGUUGUCAUCCGAAUUCCAUAUACUUCUGCAUUGAUAAUUGGGUGGGUGAUGCUUGUGAUGAAGUUCAAGAGCCUCUUGGCAUGGCAGUCUUCAAUUUGGACAACAGAAAAUUUGGAACAAAUUACAACUGCUCAAGUCCUUCACAGAAGUACAUGCCACCAUCAAUUUGGAUUUUGCCCACCAUGGUGUGA